UAUUCAGAUGGCACAGAAACCACUGACUUAUAAGCAGAAAGCAGGCAUUUCGUUCAUUGCACAAGAUGAUCCUCCUUUCAUAAAAGAAAUGAAAAAGAAGAUGGGCUUUCAAGAGGGUCCCAAGCUGGAAGAUAAGUUCCAAGAUGAAGCUGGACCAACUGAUAUAGAUGAUCCCGAAACCGAACUUUUAAGGAUGAAAGAGGAAGAUCGACCUCAGGUUGUUAUCUUGGACCCUGAAACAGAUCUGUCUCGGGAAGAAAUGAACAAAGAACUGGCGGCUAAACAAAAGGAAGAAGACGAGCGAAAAAUUGCCGAAGGUAAGAUCACCUUCAAGAAGCCGGUUAAGAGAGCGCCUGAGGGUGACACCAAGGAGAAGGAAGAGGUCAAAGAAAAGAAGAAACGAGGUGAAGAAGUGAAGCAGCCUGAUAGUCGACUACUCUCUCUUGCUAAGCAGAUGUGA